GUGUCAAUCGCGUAAUAUAUAUGUUCCAUGCGAGAGAAAAUUUUCACACGGACAAUGUGAAAUAGGUAUGAACAUGCAUUUCGUGGUAUCUCCUAGUCUCUCGUAUCUUUUCUUUCUAUUAUUGGGCAUGCUCCACCAAACCAGAUGUGAAGAAAUAGAAAACUUCUGUUUUGAUGGCAACUAUGAAGAUCGCCGUUUAAACAAUACCCGCGUAUUGCAGUAUCUGCGUUCCAAUUCAGGACCUGAAUGCGUUUUGCAGUGUCUGAAUCGAGACAAAUGUUGUAGAUCCAUCAACUAUAAAAAAAGCUCGCAAUGUGAGAAGAACUGUGAACUGCUUUCUGAGACAGGCGCCGAAAAACCUGACCGUUUAGUUGAAGACCACGAAUAUGAUCAUUAUGUUUUGCUACAGCCAUCAAGAGAACAGACAGUAUCCUGGUGUCCCGAUUCUCCAUGCCUGAAUGGUGGAACCUGUCUUGGUGGAUGCGGAAUGGGAGAUUCGUACUGUAAAUGCCCUCCUAAAUAUGAAGGAAAAUAUUGUAAUUAUCUUUGUGCCGAUGGAUUACGCUUUCGUGGCGGAAAUACCGAAGAAUAUGGAAUUCUUAAUGCAUCAUCGACUGACUUGACCUCAUUCACUGCAUGUUUUUGGAUGAGAACCGCUGGAAUAUCUGGCAAAUCAAUCCUAUCGUAUGCAUAUAAACUCGGGGAUGAUGUUGUUCAGAACGGUUUUCUUAUCAAUUCUCGAAAAGAAGGUUUUGAAAUCUAUUUCGAGCCAUACAAUAUCUCUGGUAACCAUUAUGUAAGGACUGGUUUGCUCUUGGCCGACACCCAAAGUUUCAAGCAUGUAUGCAUUACAUGGCAAUCCUCUGAUGGACAGCUCGUCAUUUACCUGGAUGGCAAUCAAAAUUAUACAACAAUUCGUAAAGGAAAAUUACUCCCAGGUGGGGGAGUAUGGGUCAUCGGACAAGACCAGGAUAGUCUAGGCGGAGGUUUCGAAGAUGCUGGUGCGUUUAGUGGGGAACUGGUUGGAGUGCAUAUUUGGGACAAAGUGCUUCCCACCGCUGAAAUUAUGAAGCUUUCAUCGUCGUGUGUUGAGAUGGUCAAAGGCAAUUAUGUGGCGUUCAGCGAUUUCAAAAUCCAUGGAAAUGUUACCAGAUUUUCUCCAGAUUGUUGCAACAUAACCUUUGGUAACUAAUUUUCUCAAGCAUGAUAAAAUACUGAUCAGUCGAGAGGAUUACAAUAUUUUAUUAAUUAUAUAUAUAUAUAUCUUUUGUAAUCUAUGGCAAAUAUUGCAACACAACUUCUCAUGAUUGAAAUUUUGCAUGGUAAUUUUAGAUCUACCGGGUGCAUAAAAAAGACCUUAAUUUAGAAAUUAACCUUUUGUUAUAAUUUAAAUGCCUUUGCCGGACAGUUGUUUUAUCGAACAUUUCAAAUGAAUUGAUAGUAUAAGUUAUAAUGAGGCAACGAGGGAUAUUUGAUUUGAACCAGUAUUAACCACAUAUCCCCGAUGUGUCUCAAAAUAACGUACGGCUCAUUUUUCACAUUGGCGAGGUUGCAUUAUAAUAUAACAAUAGAAAGCAAACGCUUUUAUUCCAUGUCGAAUUGAUAGAACAAAAUAAUUGUCUUCUGAAAAACGAGUCAUAAAUAUUGGGGGGAGUAUUAGAGGGGAAUAUUGCACUAUUGAACUCAUGAGUAUAUUCCCCGACAAGAACAAAGAAAACCGAGCAAUGUGAAAAAUAAUGGUUAUUAGUAACGCACGUUUCAUAAGUUACCCAAAAUGUGUUGCGGGCUUAUAUUUUUGAAAAUGCGGGCUUAUAUUUUUGAAAGAAGUUUUUAGUGAGUAUCUUGUGCAAACUUAUGGUGUUUUUGAGGAAUUGAAUUCGUAAGAAAGAUAUUACUUCAGAUAUUCGAGGAAUGCUUUUGAAGAUGGAAAUACAAUGUCUAAAAACUUUUAAUGUUUGUCACAUCUUAGUGGAAAAAAUAUGAAAAGGGACAGUAACCGUACGUAAACUAAUAAAUUAUUGUGCCCAAUAUUGGCUUUUAAAAUGCUUACAUAUUUGUAAAUUCUUUGUACAUUAUAUAUAUUUACUUGUUGUGAAAUAUUCUAGUUUGUCAAUUAUCAGAGUUUUCCAUGAGAGAGUAUUAAAAAUUUUAACUGUAGACUGAUUGUAGUUAUAUGUAUACUU